AUGGACUUUCUCCGAACGGGGAUGAAAGUCAUUGACAAGGCAAGGUCCAGAAACUCUGAGACGCCCUUCAGAGUGUUGUCAGAGAAUGGUGACCUCACGGUUCUACCUCCCCGUUUCGCUCACAGCAUUCGCAACGAAGACAACCUAAGCUUUGGCGAGUUUAUCAAAGCGGACUUCCACUACCGAAUCCCUGGCUUCGAACCUUUUGGCUUCGUGGACCACGACUCGCAGAUUUUACAAAGCGUUGCAAGGAAACAGCUGACGAAAUACUUCAACACCGUGACUAAACCGCUCUCGUUGGAAACUGAGUUCGCCGCGCGCCGCAUAUUCGGGGAGUCUGCUGACUGGCAGGAAGUCCCUGCGAAAGACGCCAUCCUUGACCUCGUUGCCCGCCUCUCCUCCCGUGUAUUCUUGGGCGAGGAAUUGUGCCGCAACGAGGAGUGGCUGCGUGUCACCAAGGACUACACGGUCGUCUCCUUCAUGGCUGCUAUGAAGCUGACAUUCGUCCCUCACUCCCUGAGGCCCCUUUUGCACUGGUUUCUGCCCGGCUGCAAGCUUGUUCGCCAACACCUGGCCAAAGCCCGGACACUCAUCAGCGCCGUAAUCGAAAGCCGGCGUCUGUUGAAAAAGAGAGCUGUGGAAGAAGGCGUCGAUAUUCCCGACUACAACGACGCCAUUGAAUGGGCUGAACUCGAAUGCAAAGGGCAGUAUUACGAUGCGGCUGUGUUCCAGUUGACACUCUCCUUCGCCGCCAUCCACACCACGACGGACCUGCUGGCCCAGACCAUGUUGUUUCUCGCGAACGAGCCGGACCUCAUCGAGCCCCUCCGCGAGGAGAUUAUCCAGGUUCUGAAGGCUGAAGGGUGGAAGAAAAGCGCACUAUACAACAUGAAACUCAUGGACAGCGCUUUCAAAGAGACGCAACGCAUGAAGCCGAACUCAAUGUUUCAAAUGCGCCGCAUCGCCACCAAGGAUAUCAAACUUGAAGAUGGCAUCACGAUCCGACACGGAGAGCGAGUCGUCGUCGAUGCAUCUGCAAUGAAAGACCCCAAGAUCCACCAAGACGUGGACAAGUACGACAUCUACCGCUUCAAACGCAUGCGCGAAGAGCCGGGCAACGUGCAUAAGGCGCAGCUGGUGACGACGAGCCCCGACCACCUCGCCUUCGGCCACGGCCAGCACGCUUGUCCUGGCAGAUUCUUUGCUUCUAAUGAGGUCAAGGUUGCGCUCUGCCAUCUGCUCUUGAAGUAUGACUGGAAGCUUGCGCCUGGAAACACGGCGGACCCCUUUGUGGCAGGAGUCGGGAGACAGAUCAACCCGAAGACCGUCAUCAUGUUCAAGAGGCGGGAGGAGGAGCUCGAUAUUGACUCUCUGGACUUUGCGACUGAGACUGCCGAAGGUGGUGUUGCUUGA